AGAGGAGGAGGUGAGAACUGUCCGGUGAAGAGCAAAUCGGGGGGACGCAUGAGCUCAGACGCACCGGGGGGCAGGUAACGUCACCAGCAGCAGCAGAAUACCGCGCACAGGGCCGUGUUUUUUGGAGAGCGAGCGGUCUAUAGACAACACAACCGCCUUUUCCAUCGCGUUUAAACCAAUUGUCUCGCCUUUAAAGCCACGAAUGAACCUUGGACAGCUCAUGAGCCCCUCCUCGUGACACGCCAUCGCGCAUCUCCAGCCGUGCCUCUCUGAAAUGGGAUAUGUCGGCGCACAAGAAGAUCGGAGGUGUUCUAGCGACUGCCAUAGUGCUGCUGUUCGUGCUGGAGUGGGGACAGGCCGUAGAUGUGAGGUGUGAAAGUGCGUAUAAAGGCUUCUCUGACUGCGUCCUCGCGCUGGGAGAGAGCCUGGACAACCAACAAGAGAAUGUGACCAGCGAGACGGGCGUGGCUGCGGUCUGCGAUCACUGGGAAAACUUCCACUCUUGUGCCCUCAAAGCUCUGGCCAACUGCACAGGUGAGGUGAGGCUGAUCUGGGAGACGCUGCGACAGGACUCCAAGAAGAUGCCCUUCCAGGGGAGCCUGUUCGAUCUGUGUCCCAGCGCCUCCCCCAGCAUCAGUGCUCCUCUCUGGGUCACUGUGCUGCCGCUGCUGGGCUUUCUCCUGGAGCUCGGCGGAUCAGACUGGGGAGGGGUAUAGGAGAGGGGUAGAGUUCAUCUAAAGAGAAGAGUGAAGGUAGUUUAUAUUUGACACUGAAUUUGGUAACAGAAUUUGAUUGAUAUGAAAUUUGAGAAUAUCAUUUAUGGGCAUUCAAUGGGACUGAUAUGCAAUGAUGUCAUCAGUCGACAUACAGGUCCCGCCUCAUUCACUUUAACUGCAUUUUGAUUAUUUUAACUUGCUCCAUGGCUUUGUAGAAUGGAGUUUAAACAAAUAUUAGAUACGCUGUUUUUUUAGAUGAUUUUUGAACUAAUUAUAAAAUAUGUUACCGUUAUAAUCUACUCUUUAAAAAUGCUAAAACAUUCCAUUGUGUUUUGUGCAAAAGAAGUUGUGUUAAACGAGCGUAAAUUAGUUAAAACAUGUCCCCUGAUAUGUCUAUUUAGGAGUUUCAGACAGGUUCAGCUAUUUCUACUGUUUGUGUCUAGAGAACUGUUGGACCCAUGAUGUCACACUAAACAUUCCAUUACAUUUUAAAGGGCAUUGCAAAAAUAUUUUAAAAAGCACAUUUUUACCCAUAAUAUUGGUUGGUUUGGGACAGUUAUAUUAAAUCAAUAUAUUUAUCUUCUGUCAAUGUUUUUACAGUUGAAUACGAUCUGUAAACAAGUCUAAAACAAUAAAGUGGAACGGUCCCCAGAUUGACCCCUGGGGAACCCCACGCAGAGCCGGAUCUAACAUUCAGGGGGCGCUAAGUAAAAUCUGACAUGGGGGGGUCUUUGCCACUCAGGUUCAAGUGAUUAUUCAAAUACCACAACAUGAUGCGCAGCUGUCAAUAUCCACCUAAGUGUAUCUGUAUAACCCACAUCAGAACAUUUUUAAUAUUAUAUACCUCUUUCCUGUUUUCUAGUGCAUUUUAAUGUUUUCCAGUUGGCUAAAGUGCAAUAACAUUCAUGGUUUCUGUGAUGCAGGAAAACUUCAAAUAAAUGCGGAACUAAUUAGUGUUUGAAUCCAUGUAUAAUACGCACACAAACGUACGAGUAGCUGACAUUUGCACAAAACUCAUUAAUUAUGUACAAAUUAUGUACAUUAAUUAUGCUCAUUCACUCACCCACCAAAGACAAAGCUUCUCUUAUUAACAGCAGUAAGAAAACAGCUGUAGUCCAAAGCUGCUGAAUUCCUGAUGAGAGCCAAAGUCAAGGCUACAGACAAACGUGUAGUAAACUUAUAACAGUCCUAGCGUCCUCGUGCUGUUGCUUAGAUGUGUUUAAGAACGAGGACGGAGGGAGGAGGAAGGGAUCAAGGGCAGUGUGCCGUAUUGUACAAACACAUUAACCAUUCAGAAGUGAUAUUUAGCAAACCAGGGCCCUGUUUUGUCAUAAGUAGAUUAACAGAGAGAUAUGAAUGAUAAAACUAUCUGGACUCGGGAGGUGGGGCCCUUUGCAGCUUUGGGGCCUUAUACAACGUGCAUAGUCUGCAAAUAGGAAGAUCCAGUUCUGAUGCCACAUACUCUGAAAUCUGAUCAGUUUACAAUUUUAACAGAUUUUACAUGUGUCAUGUCCCCUGGCACUAACAGCCGUUAUUUUUGAGUAUAAUAAAUGUAACACGUGAUAUAUUUGGUUUAUUUUAGUUAUAGUUAUAUUUUAAAAUAGCAUUAAAAUCAAUUCAGUUUUAUUUAUCAAGCACUUUUGAUGCACAGAGACAACUUAAAAUGCUUUACACAGACUUAAAAUGACAACAAUAAUAUGAAUUUAUAUAAUGUACACAUCACUCAGUACAGUACAGCAGUCCAUGGCACAACGUCUACGUUAAAAAUAAUAAAAAUGAAGCUGGUAUCGUGUCUGUUCUUUUAAAAAAAACAAGCUCAAACUGUUCCAAAUAAAUAUUUACUAGCAUCAAAUUCAAUAUUCAAACACCUCAAACGUAUUACCAAAUUCCAGUGUCAAAACAGGUAUCAGUUUGAAAAAGUGACACAAAACUACCUUUGUUUACGAGUUUCAAAAUGGUGCCGUCCUCUUGAGCACAGAAUACACACUAAAGCCAAGGAUUUUCGGAGAGCUGAAUGUUUUAUUAAGGAUUUGGUUGGACGCAGAGCCACAGAUGUCCACAGGCAGCAACAGGCCCGUCGAUGUUUAGACUGAGUCAUGAUGGAGCCAAUGACACCUGUGGUAAUGCAUCACCAAUCCAACGCGGUGGGCAGACUUUCAUUUUAUCAUUUCUGUAACAUUUAUGUACAUUUUUGGGCAAAACACAAAACUCUGCAAUAAUGAAUAUGGCUAUGUAAUGCUUUUAUAGUUGAGUUUAUGUUUAUACUUUUCAGGUUUUUGAUAAUGUGGAUCAGUUGCUGUUGCAUUGUUGAUAUUAUGUUUGAUACUGUUCACCCCGCUGCUGUUUUAGUGUUUUAUAGUGUUAAAUAUUCAUGUUCUAAUGGGACACAAAUAGGCAUGUUUUAUAGUGGCCCUGAAGGGAAAGUCGCAGCACUGAAUGAGAAAUGAGAGACGAUAUAGUGGUAAACAUGGUAAUAUGCUAAAGCGAAUAACAAACGGAAAUAAUAAUUGAACUGAAUCAAAACACUGCAAGCGAGAAUGCAUUUUUAUGUGUUUUGUCUGAAAAUUCUAUUCUGUUAAGUUUAAGAUAGACUUUUUUCUGUUGCUACGGAUUCUACCAGGACAGGAUGGAUUACACAGACCUCUUUACCUGGUGAAAUAAAACUUAUAUAAUGAUACAAUUAAAUACAAAUGAAAAAAAGAAAACAAGAAAACACCCACACAUACACAAAAAAAAUGUUGACCUUAAAUAAACAUAUGAUGCCACCUUUUAUAUUCUGAUUUGAACAAAGAGUUAUUUUUAGGGUAAACUUUUGUAUGUGUGUGUGUGAAAUAUAAACACAAUAUAUAGGCUUAUGACAUAUUAAAACAAAUUGGUUUGGCAUUUUACCAUUGUUAAACAACUUUUUGCUGUGACUUGCUCUUCCUGAUUUUCCAAAAUGAAUAAUUAAGGUUCCACAUUUUAAUUAGUUUUCCAUAAAUCCCAAAACUCUUCAGAUGUUUCAGAUUAUCGGCCCCAACAUGAGUAUUAUUUGUGUUAAUGACAAUCACAGUGUAUUAGUAUUUAAAUGACCUACUCUUCCCACACUCGGCUGCUACAAGACACCAAAAUAUCACCCAUAGCUUUUGUUUUAGCCUGAGAAUAUUUCUGUGAACAGGAAUACAUCAACUUACAUACUGUGAUGUCAUUCAUAUUGCAUAUAAUAGUUUCAAAAAUGAAACAAAAUCAUUAUAUUUAUUUAGUUACUAUGUAUAUUUACUGGCCACUUUAUUAGGCACAUCUGUUGUUCACAGUGCACUUAUUUUAUUAGCUAACAGCGCCCGGCAACCUCACUGUUAGCGUCACUACUUCCUGUCCAAUUGUGUCCAUAGACUGUAUAUAUAAAUGGACAUAGCUAACCCGUAGCCGCGACAUUCCAAAUAAAAAGUGAUCAUGGGCGCGCUUCCGGCUCCAUCGACUAUGGCUCCAAUUCACUUUACAUUGAAAAACAGUUGCCCCUCUCUCUGUAACUGCUGCUGUCAGGCUAGUUAUUUUGGCAUUAAAAUGUUCGUAUUAACCCGCUCUACAUGAUCCUGGUAUUACUGUUUCACUAUUGUGUCUGCAAAUCAAGAUACGAACAUUAAUAACAAACAAUUCAGGCUCCUAUGUUACCUGAGGUCACUCCCACUAGUGUUAGCAACAGGUUUGAUUGACAGCGUUGCUAAGCGACCACUCCAUGCUAAACCAUCGUUGCGACUGGGAAGGGGUGUUACCUCCAAUAGCCUCGCUCUGGAUUGGCUCUUUGGUUGCAGUGAUACUUGCUGUCGGAAUUCCAAACAUUUAACGCGGCUCCAGAUUGGCUGCUAUAAUCGCUAGCUUCGAUGAGCUUCAUUUGUCUGGAGCUAUGGGUGAUGUCAAGCUCCCUUAGUCCAAUCUUUAUACAGUCUAUGUUUGUCAGGCUAAAAUGAACACAUGUACACAUUUACAAGAAGAAUUGCAAUUUCAAUAGGUUAUUUUUUAAGUUUUCUGAUUUUAAUAAAAGUGACUGUUAGCUUUGAGUCACAGAGAGCUAGCUAGCGUACUGCUGUGGACAUGAAUGGAAAAAGGAUGCCAGAUGUACUUGAUACCGUGGCCACUAAAUCUGAAUCAUAAUGUGUUAGCCAGCCAUAGAGUAUGCAAUAGAGCCGUCUAAACAAGAGCUUAUUUUUGUAAAUGAGCUAUAUAUGGAGAGAAAUUUGUUGUGAAAUGACAGUGUUUCAUAUCUGAAUUAGUCUUAUUGGUCUAACGGUUUAACGUAAGAGUCAAAGCUAUUGGUCAUAACUCGCAGGUGGUGUUCACAUAUAGCCAUAUACUUUAUCACUAAUUGUAUUAAAAUUUUAGCUUGAACAAAGUGUGUUAUAAUAAGAUUUUGUUCAGAAAUUAUGUGUAAAAGUCAGUGUUGAGUUCCACCAUUUUAAACGGUGCCACGUUGUCACCAAAAACUGCAAUGAGGUGACGUGUUUAUGCGACCUAGGAAGCAAUAUACGAUUUAACUGAUUUGUUAAAGCUGAUAUGGAAGUUGAUAUGUUGCUAUUUAUGGACAAAAAUCUUGAAAUUGUAAAAUGUGAAUGUAUUGUCAUAAUACACAGAAUACUUUGUAGAAGAAGCACAGAUUUGUCAGUGAUAUUAACUCAAUGUCUCUCAUUGUGUAGCUGUUUUGGUUGAGGCUCCACCACCUGCUUCAUAAAGUCACUUCCAGGUCCAAGAAAGGCAAAACUGAGACAAAAAAACAAAAAAACAAAAGCAAAACAAACCUACAACAGUUGUGAAUUUCCCAAUUGGACCCAGAAGUUACAUCAUCACUUAACAACUCUAUCGCUUUGCCUGGAAUGUCCCACAGUAUGGCAUUAAAUCUGUUUAUCUAGCAUUUAUUUCAUCACUGUCACUCAGAAAUACUGUGCCGAGUUGCAGGCCUCUCCACAGAUCAGACCUGUAACGUGGCUUUGGUGACACAAGUGCCACGUCUCCAUAGAAGAUAAUUUUAAAGCUAUACCGUGGAGCGUUCCACACACAGCGACAACAUCUCCGUGGAGACAAACAAACGGUGUAUCCUCGACCAGAAAAGUUACAAAGUGCAUCUUCAACAACCAAAAAUGUUUCAUGACCUGGCAGCAUUACUUUUCCAUAACGGGCUAUUUUAUUUGUUUAAAUUAUGAGUAUUUUCAACCCAUUUAUCUGUUUGUUCAUGUUUCUAUCCCUCCUUUUUUCUCACAAAUGCAUGAUCUUUGGAAAUCGGACCGUUUGUUGAUGUUAGCUGAGUCGUGCAUGGCGUUAUAGUUUAGCUCCUUCCUUAAACCACCGUCUAUCGGCAUGUUCUCUCUAGCUGUUUCUUAGCUCCCACGAAGUAAAGUUGGUAGCAUUUUCGUCACCCACUGUGUAUUCAAAAUAGUUAAAAAAACGCAUGAGCAAUAUUGACAGGACUGUAUUACAAAUUUCAUAUGCUGUUUAAAUGAAGCAUGAAGCAACGCCAUAGGAACUCAAGCCUCGUGACGAUUUGUACUGGAUUUCAGAGCAGUUGAAGAAGCUUAAAUAUCGUGUUGUUGUCUGUUUUUUUUAGUUUGCAAAAAGAUGCACUCUAUUGACAAUAAGCAUAAAGCAAUAUAUGGCAGAGUUACAUACGUGUUUGUAUUAAUAAAGCAC